UGUCUUGGAACCAAUGAGGAUAAGCUUAGAAAUGUGCCUGCCGAUUCAUUUGUAAAAACUUAUGACCAAAAUCAGAAAAUACACGUCAUCGAAAAAUUAACUGCCUGGUUCGACACCAAUAAUGCAAGAUAUCAGUUCCCGCCGGCUUGUUGUCCACAGGAAAUACGAGACCUCUCCAAACACUAUUGCCCCACUAUAUCCCGCUACAACAACGUAAGUUACAAUGUCACCAGUUCUUUUCAGUUAAUUUCGGCAUUCUACACAGUGCGACUGAAACGCCAAGUAGAUAAAGAGAUUUUGUAUCUUUAUUGA